CCGCUUGGUAGUUGACUUGGGAGUUGGCACAUCAACGGGUCAUGGACGCCAGACCGGGAAAAAGAGAGAGAGAGAGAGAACUGAGAACAUGAACAUAUAGCUGAAGAUAGAAGAAAGUAAAAUCUUUGGAUUGAUUUCUAUCUUCAUUAAUCUUAGCUUUGAUAGUUUUAGUUGUGUUGUUCCAUUUCGAUCAAUUCAGCAAAAUCCGUUCACUCUUGACAAACUAUGGUGUUGGGAGAGGUCUUUCUCGGGGCAUUCCUUCAAGUGCUGCUUGACAGGUUGAGCCAUAGGGCGAUCAUCAACUUUGCAAGCCUACGUGGUGUGAAUGUGGACAAGAAGCUCAAGAAAUGGAGUUCAACGCUAUCUGCAAUCGGAGCUGUGCUUUAUGAUGCGGAGGAGAAGCAACUUACGAGCGAGGCUGUCAAACUGUGGCUGGAUGAUCUCAAAGACUUGGCUUAUGAUGUUGAAGACAUCUUAGACAAGUUUUCCAUCGAGGUGUUACGACGCAGAGUCAAGGAGCAACAUGGAGCUGCUACCAUAAGUAAGGUACGGAGCCUAAUUCCCCAAGCUAAAUUCAACUUCAAUAUGCACUCUAAAAUCAAGGAGAUCACCGAUAGACUCCGAGACAUAUCUGAACGAAAAGAAUCGCUUCGUUUGAACGAUAUUGGGAUGUCUAGUAAUCAUUAUAGGGCAUGGAAAAUGCCACCGAGUUCGUGUCGACCAGAUGGACCUGUGAUCGGAAGGGACUGGGAUAAAAGCCAGAUUGUUGGAGUUUUGUCCGGAGCCGAGCCCAGUGCCAUCAAUUUUCAUGUUGUGGCCAUUCUUGGCAUGGCAGGAGUUGGAAAGACAACACUUGCAGGACAUGCAUUCAACGACGACGAUGAUGCCAUGCAACAGUUUGACCUUAAGGUGUGGGUAUAUGUGUCUGAUGACUUCAAUAUAGUGAGAGUGACAAAGGCAAUUCUCGAAUCAAUUACAUCGGAGCACUGUAAGUUGAAGGAGUUCAGUAAAGUCCAGGAUAAUCUCAGUAAGGAGUUGACGGGCAAAAAGUUUCUCAUUGUUUUAGAUGAUGUUUGGGAUACAUGUGACUACGAUAUGUGGACCAAAUUGCAAUCUCCCUUUCGUGUUGGAGCACUAGGAAGUAAGAUACUAGUGACAACGCGCCAUGAAUCAGUUGCAAGAAUGAUGGGAGCCAUACAAGUUCAUAAUUUGAAGUGUAUAUCAAGUGAUGAUUGUUGGCAGGUAUUUGAACAACAUUCAUUCUUGAACGUUAACAACAGCAGACCACAUAAUUUUGAGUCGCUUCGGGACAAGAUUACUGCGAAAUGCAAUGGAUUGCCUUUGGCUGCAAGGACGCUUGGUGGACUUUUACGGUGCAAAGAAAUUGGUGAAUGGGAAGAAAUACUGGACAACAAAUUAUGGAGUCUAUCAGAUAAGAGUGGUAUUCUCCCAGUAUUGAAACUGAGUUAUCACUCUCUCUCUUCGAACCUAAAAAGAUGCUUUGCUUAUUGCUCAAUACUUCCAAAUGACUAUGAAUUCAGUGAGAAGCAGUUGAUCCUUCUUUGGAUGGCAGAGGGUUUGAUACAGCAUCCAGAACAAAGUAGACAAAUGGAAGAUUUGGGUGGCGAGUAUUUUCAGGAGCUAUUAUCUAGGUCAUUAUUUCAAAAAUCAAACAAGGACAGUUCACAAUAUGUUAUGCAUGACCUCAUUAGUGAAUUGGCACGGUGGGCUGCAGGAGAAGUUUGUUUCAGACUGGAGGACAAUGUGGAUGAUAACAUGCAACAUCUUAGGUGUUCUCCAAAAGCUCGACAUUCUUCUUACAUUUCUGGUGAGUUUGAUGGGAUUACAAAGUUUGUAGCCUUUUCCGAAGCCAAACGUUUGCGGACGUUCCUGCCAUUUACACUUUCUGAAAAUCCACAGAAUUACUUGACCUGUAAGGUUACUCUUGAUUUAGUGCCGAAAUUGCAAUACUUGAGGGUCCUGUCUUUCAAUAGCUACCAGAUAACCGAGCUACCAGAUUCAAUAGGUAAACUGAAGUAUCUACGGUACCUUGAUGUUUCUCACACGCCAAUAAGGAGCUUACCUGAAUCAACAAGCACACUUUAUAACUUACAGGUAUUGAUAUUAGAAAGUUGUUCUCUUUUGGAGGCACUACCUACACAUAUGAGGAAUCUCAUUAAUUUGCGUCAUCUCAACAAUUCAAGUGUACAUUCGUUGAAGGGAAUGCCUAUGCAACUAGGUCGGUUAACUAAUCUGCAAACACUUGCUGAUUUUGUUGUGGGUAAGGGUAGUGAGUCGGGGAUAAGAGAGAUAGGUCCUCUACUGCAUCUCCGGGGGACAUUACACCUCUCAAGACUGGAGAAUGUGACUGAUGUUGAAGAUGCAAGGAGGGCCGACUUAAUUAGCAAAAAAGGGCUUGAUGUCUUGCUACUACAGUGGCAUGAGUUGAACGGCACGGGAGAAAGGGAAGCAGAUGUUCUUGACAUGUUACAACCUCAUAGAAAGCUAAAAGAACUCACCAUACGGCGAUACACUGGUGAAAAAAUUUCUGCUUGGGUGGGAAGUCCUUCAUUCACUAGCAUGGUACUUGUAAACUUGGAAGAUUGUAGUAAAUGCAGAUUCUUGCCACCACUUGGACAGUUACCUUCUCUCAAGGAGCUUUUCAUAAAAGGAAUGUCUGGAGUGGAAAGCGUGGGUUCUGAGUUCUAUGGAGAGGGUAGCUUGCCGUUUCCACUAUUAGAGACCCUUUCAUUUCAGAAUAUGCAAGGAUGGAAGGAGUGGAUUCCUCUUGAACGACAUCAGGGAACUAUAGAUUUUCCUUGCCUGAAAAAGCUUUCCAUUUAUGCAUGCCCCAAACUGGAGGGUGUGGUGCCAGAGAACCUUGAUUCAUUAGAAGAGCUUGUGGUUCGUGAAUGUGACCAACUGGUGGUUUCAAUUGCCAACUAUAAAGAACUUUCCGUAUUAUGCAUCCGCUAUUGCAAAGGGGUUGUAUACACAAGUGUGGUUGACUUUCAGUUAUUAGAUUUGGAGAUAACUGGCUGUGAGGAGCUGACAUGUUCAUUGCAGAAUGAGGAUGGAUUUCUGCAAAACCUUAUGUCACUUCGUCAUUUGAGUAUUGAAGGUAACUCACAUCUUGUUCAAUUGCAUCACCUCAGAUUACUACAAGAGCUUCACAUUGAUAAGUGGCCAAGCCUAGUUUCUUUUCCAUUGGCUAGUUUGCCACCUUCUCUUAAAGAUAUAAAGAUUCGAGGUUGCGAUUCUCUUACUUAUUUUGCAAGAUAUCAGAUACCGCCAAGUCUAAGGAGAAUAGAGAUAAAUAGAUGCCAAAAUUUGAAAUCAUUGGUGGAGGAUGAGGAGGCGAUAGGGGGCUCUUCAUCUUCUUCUCCUUGUUUGAUUCAGGAUGAGGAGUCCUGUCUCGAGUAUUUGAGCAUAUGGAACUGUCCAUCUUUGAUAACUCUAUCAUCCAGAGUCAAGCUACCCAGGGCGCUUAAACACCUUCAGAUACAUACUUGCAGACAACUGGAGUCAAUAGCUGAUGCAUUACAUGAUAACAUUUCUCUCGAGUACAUUCACAUCUGGUAUUGCUCAAAUCUCCAAUAUUUACCAGAAGGUCUUUACCACCUCUCCAAUCUUCAGAAGUUGAGUAUUUAUGGUUGUAGAAGUCUUGUUUCCUUCCCGACAGGAGGGUUCCCAAGAAGUCCUUCCAACUUGAGAGAGUUUGAGAUCACCAGUUGUGAGAAAUUGGAGGCCUUACCCAAAGGCAUGCACAACCUCAACUCUCUUGAGAUAUUAAGGAUCCCCUAUUGUGAAGGUUUCACUUCCUUCCUAGAAGAAGGGUUGCCUCCUAACCUUCAGUCUCUUAAAGUUCUGAAUCUCAAGAGUUGUAAACCACUAUUCGAAUGCGGCUUGCACAGACUCACAUCUCUUAGAGAGUUGUGGAUCAGUGGUGAAGAUCCGGAACUGGUUUCCUUUCCACCCAAGAAAGAGAUGGUGCUUCCCAAAUCUCUCAUUAAGCUCAUAAUCGAAGACUUUCUGAAUCUCAAGUAUCUACUCAGCAAAGGGUUUCAGUCCCUCACAUCUCUUAAAAGCCUCUAUAUCUGGAGUUGCCCCAAGCUACUGUCCAUUCCAGAUGAGGGCAGGCUUCUUUCACUGACACAACUUAGUAUCCGUCACUGUCCACUGCUAGAAGUGAGAUGCAAACCAGGUAAAGGUCAGUAUUGGCGCUCCAUAGCCCACAUUCCUUACAUAUGGUUGGGAGACAAGAGAAUUCAAGCUCUGUGAUUACAACUGAUACAAGAGAAAACAGUUGGAAUCUGAAAUUGUAAUAUUCCCUUCCAGCAGACAUGUUUUCAGAGCUUGGUGCACUUCAUUGCCAUUGUAGCUGCAGAAAUCAAUAUUAAUCAGUAAAACCUUUUUACCUUCAUGAGUUCUGCAAACUAGGGCAGUAUUUUACAACGACAACAGCUUGGAGGUCAAUAUUUGAUUUGUUUCUACCCGAAUGUGGGUUGUAAAGGGUCAGGAUUCAGGAGACUCAGCAGUCGAUCAGGACUCAGACUCCAAAAGAAAAAAAACAGAAGAUAUGUAGGGCAAACCCUUGAAGGAGUAAAGCAGCAUGGAAGUUAGAGAAAUUGUCUUUCUAAUGGAGCCUUCUGAUGGCGAAACUGCCGUGGAAUAUAUUGAGUUGCUGUUCAAGAUGAUCGAUUCAGAAAAUGCUGGCAUCUCCUUGAUUGUGCAGGAAUUUCUGUGUACAACUUGAAAGCUAUUUACUUAAGAAGUGGGCAAUGUUGAGUCUCUAGAAAGCAGCC